UCUUCUUUAUUGCCUAGUAUUUGUUAUCCUCCCCACUUUCACUGUAUCUGCAAUUCUCCAGUACUCAAAUGAAACCGAUAGAAUUGCCCUUUUAGAAUUUAAACAUCGGGUUUUCAAUGAUUCCCAUGGAGUAUUACUUAACUCCUGGAAUGACUCCCAUCAUCAUUGUCACUGGCCAGGAGUGAGUUGCAGUCGCCAAAACCAACGAGUUGUGGCAUUGAGGCUUCCUGAUAUGGGUUUGGUCGGAACCAUAUCUCCUCACAUAGGAAAUCUCACUUUCCUCAGAGAACUGAAUCUCAGUACCAAUAAGUUGUCCGGCCAAAUUCCAGGAGAGAUUGGUCGUUUGUUUCAACUAAGAUCGCUCGACCUGUCUGUCAACGCACUAACUGGAGAACUAUUCGCGGCUAAUCUCAGCAGUUGUUUACAACUCAGGGAAAUCUUUCUUUAUCUAAAUGGCCUCCAUGGGAAACUCCCUGCAGAGCUAGCUAAUUUGAAGAAGCUUCAAAGUCUCUCUCUUGAUGCAAACCAAUUGACAGGUGAAAUCCCUCCAUCUUUUGGGAAUUUGUCAUCUCUUUCAGGAUUGGGCAUGGAAUAUAAUCAUCUGGAGGGGAAUAUUCCUGAGGAGAUUACACAGUGUCGGGGUUUGCUUUUGCUUUCACUGGGUGCUAACAAUCUCACUGGUACACUAUCUUCUGCUUUCUUCAAUAUGACUUCCAUUAUCAACUUUUCAAUAUCAGAAAACUCACUCCAAGGGACCAUCCCAAACUACAUAGGAGACACUAUGCCCAACUUGAAAGGUUUCUAUUUUGGUGUCAACAAAUUUCAUGGGACUAUCCCCACUUCAUUUCCCAAUGCCUCUAAGCUUCAACUUCUUGAGCUAUCACAAAACUAUUUUGUAGGCGAUGUUCCAGACAAUAUUGGGAGGUUAAAAGAUCUCCGGCGUUUGAACCUUCAACUCAAUUUUCUUGGUGGCAAUGACUUCACUUUCAUAACCUCUCUUUCAAAUUGUAGUGAUUUAACACAAUUUUCCAUUGCUGGAAAUAGUUUUGAAGGCAAAUUGCCAGACACCAUAGCUAACCUCUCGUCCAAACUCUCUAUGUUGAGUUUAGCGGGGAAUAAGUUUUCUGGAACAAUACCAAUAGGAAUAAAUAAUCUAGCUAGCUUGAUUGCUUUAGAGCUAGAUGAUAACCAUUUAUCAGGUGUUAUUCCUAGUGAGAUAGGCGACUUAAAAAAUCUACAAGUACUAGCCUUGCAAAAAAACCAAUUUUUUGGAAAAAUACCACUUGUUCUUUUUAAUAUCACCUCUCUAUCUUCUCUGUAUAUGGAGGACAACAACUUAGAUGGCUACAUACCUUCAAGUGUGGGAAACCUUUGGAAUUUGAAUGAAUUGUACUUGUCACAUAAUAGACUCGAUGGUUUCAUUCCUGGAAAAAUUUUUGAUUUGCCAUCUUUGUCAAAGUACCUUGACCUCUCCAGUAAUUCAUUCACGGGCCCGUUAUCUCCUGCUGUGGGUAAAUUGAAAAUACUGAAUACCUUAAACAUCUCAGGAAACAAAUUAUGGGGCAAAAUUCCAGAAACAAUAGGAGAUUGUUUGGGCCUUGAAUAUCUUGAUUUGCAUGACAAUCACUUUGAAGGAAAAAUCCCACCUUCUUUGGUUUCCCUAAAAGGCAUUAGGCAUUUAGAUUUCUCAAACAACAAGUUGACUGGAGAGAUACCAAGAGAACUCCAAAAGCUCUCUUUCUUGCAAUAUUUGAAUCUUUCUUUCAAUGAUCUAGAAGGUGAGGUGCCAACAAAUGGAAUUUUUGCCGAGGCAAACCAUGUAUCAUUGCAUGGAAACAAAAAGCUAUGCGGUGGUAUACCUGAGCUAAAGCUGCCUCCGUGUCUUGUGAAGAAAACAAAACACAGAAAUCAUUUAAAGCUUAUGAUUGUUAUCUUCACAUGUAUCUGCUCGACUCUGGCGUUUGCAUCAUUCAUUGCUCUUCUAACAUUGUGUUGGAGGAAAGAAAAAAGGAUGGAGUCAGCAAAGCCAUCCAAAUUUGAAAAGCUUUCCAAAAUCCCUUAUAGAGACCUGCAUCAAGCUACUGAUGGUUUCUCUGAGACAAAUUUGAUUGGUUCUGGAAGCUUUGGAUCUGUUUACAAAGGAAAAUUUGAGCAAGAUGGGGAACAGACAAUUGCCGUAAAGGUACUUGACCUUCUCAAAAAUGGAGCGUCAAAGAGCUUUCUUGCUGAAUGUAAAGUGUUGAGGAACCUACGUCAUCGAAAUCUUGUUCCAAUUUUGACCUGCUGCUCAAGUUGUGAUUUUGCAGGUAAUGAAUUCAAAGCUCUAGUUUAUGAAUUUAUGGAAAAUGGAGAUCUGGAUAUGUGGUUGCAUACACAUUCUGUUGAUGCAAGGGCAAGGACAAAUGUUCUGAGUGUUCUUCAAAGGUUAAAUAUUGCAAUUGACAUAGCUUCUGCAUUGUGUUAUCUCCAUGAUGAUUGUAAACCAAUGGUUAUUCAUUGUGAUCUAAAACCGAGUAACAUUCUGCUCGACAAAGACUUAACCGCUCAUGUUGGAGACUUUGGGAUAUCAAGGCUGUAUUCAUAUGAAAUUGAAGACUCAAUUGGAAAUCAGACAAGUACUCUUGGAUUACAGGGGUCCGUUGGUUACAUCCCACCCGAAUAUGGGAUAGGAACAAAGGCAUCAACUUUGGGAGAUGUAUACAGUUUUGGAAUUCUUUUGUUGGAAAUGUUCACUGCAAAGAGACCCACAGAUGAUUUAUUUAAUGGCGAAUGUAGUACUCUUUAUGAGUACGUUGAUGCAACGUUAUUGUCAGAGCAAGUGAUGAAGAUUGUAGACCCAUUGCUUUUGGCAUGCGUAGAAAGCCACAAUGGAGCUAGAUCAUAUGAAGACUCAGACAAUUUUAGGAAUUUGGUGGAAAUUGAAGAAAGCAAGAUUCACAACUUCUUCCUUUCCAUUUUUAAAAUUGGUCUCAUUUGUGCUUCUAGAUCACCAAUGGAUCGCAUGCACAUGAAUGACGUGAGCAGGGAAUUACACAAGAUUAAGAAAUCUUUCUUUGCAUAAAAAUAAGCAAACAUGUUUUGUAACAUCCAAUACAAUUCUCCCCUAGUGAACUAGGUAGCAAUUCGUGAGAUGAGUUUGUUGCUCAAUUAGCCUGAUAUAUGUUGCUUUAAAUUUCUUUUGAUAUACAAAUUUUCUUGGAUUCUUCUUUUGUUAUAUGAUGGCCUAGGGAACAAGCGGUAAAUGCUUUCUAUAUUUUUAUAUUACACUAAACUAGU